UUCAAAGGGAGAAGGAGGAGGAGCAGAGAAAUAUCGCCAUAACUUUCUGCACUGAGUUUCUCCAGAGUCCUUCCAUUGAGACAAUACUGACAAAAUCAGAGCUCCAGGCACAGCUCAUGGAAUGGACCCAAGAUAAAAACCCCAUUGUACGUCGGCUCAGUCUGCGAGGCCUUGGCAGUAUUGUGCUCCAGCCAGAAAAGGUGCACUCGUUACGGGCCCAGCUGCCAGCGAUCAUGGACAUGUUCUGUGACACGGAUAGAGGGCGUGUCAUGGGAGCCAUGCAUCAAGCUGCAGACAUCAUCUACCUCCUGGAUGGGGAGGGCUUGGCUCCAUCUCCCAGGACAUUGCAGUCAGCCUUCGCCCCUUCAUUGAUGACCCCCUGCUGCCGCCUGGCCUCGGGAGAGGGGGCCUGGCACUGGGCAGAUGACCAGCUGUCUGGAGAACACCGGCCCCCAAGAGGUGGAGAUUCCCAGCAGGAAAGAGGAGAGGGACAGCGUGCGCUCCGUUGCCAUUUACUGCUUGGCAGCGUGGUGAGCAGCGUGAAGGACCCGGACAAACCCAUCGUGCAGCAGAAGAUGAUCCACUGCUUGCUCCCGCUCCUGCUGCACCUUGAAGACCGGGAUGAGAGUGUGACACUGAGAUGCAAACUGACGCUCUUCCGCUGCGCAGUGUUUCUCAGGUGGGCUCAUUUGAAGACGCUGUUCCGCAGCAUGGCCUGGGAUGGCUCCACACAGCUCCGGAAGUGUGCCUGGAAGUGCUUGAUGCAGAACAACAAGAGCCACAUCCCCAAAUUCCUGUUCCACGCCUUAGAAUACCUGGAAAGCUCACAGACAACAAUCAGACAUUCUGCAGCCCUGUUCAUUGGUAAGCAGAGCGACUUCACUUGAGCUUUUUUGACCUGCUUCCUUCAAAGCCCUUUUC